GAAAAAGAAACUUAGCUCAACUCUACUCUCUACUCCAAGUUUCUCUACUAUUGUCCUCCCUUCAACUCCACCCUUUCCCCUUAAGAGGAGGCUUUAAAAUACCCACAAAACCCACCAUUACACACCACCCACGCCCCCGGAGCCCGAGGUCAGUCCCGUCAUUUCACUCAAAACUCCGGCGCAUUAUUGGUGGUGGUGAAGACCUUUCUGACCCGGCCCUAAAAUGAGCACUCCGGUGAGGAAGCCCCACACAUCCACCUCGGAUCUGCUCACCUGGUCCGAAACUCCGAUUGCCGACUCUCCGGCGCUCUCCUCCUCCGCUUCUCGGCCUCACCAGCCGUCGGAUGGGAUCAAAAAAGUGGUGUUUGGAGGUCAGGUGACGGAUGAGGAGGUCGAGAGCUUAAACAAACGAAAACCUUGUUCGGGGUACAAGAUGAAGGAGAUGACUGGGAGUGGCAUUUUUACUGGGGGAGCGGAUGAUGAAGCAUCAGAACCUCGUAGUGCUAAUCCUACCCCAAAUAGCAAAAGCGGAAUCCGACUGUACCAGCAAGCGGUUGUUGGAAUCAGUCAUAUCUCAUUUGGUGAGGAAGAGGGUGUUGCUCCCAAAAAGCCUACUACAAUUGCUGAAGUUGCAAAGCUGCGCGAGCUGAGUGGAACCUUGGAAACUGAGGCAGAGGCAGAGGCAAGGCUGAAGAAGCAGCUUUCAGACUCUAAAUUUAAGGAGCUCAGUGGGCAUGACAUAUUUGCACCCCCUCCUGAAAUUUUACCUAGGGAAACUACUGCUCCACGAGCGCUGGCUUUGAAAGGAAGCAUUCAAAUAGGGGAACCUACUUCACCAGUACAUGAACCUGUUAAGGUGUCUAAGGCUGCUGGAGGUCAGAACAAUGUUAUACCAGGUGAGGACCCUAUGUCCAAGACGGCGAAGAAGAUUUAUGACAAGAAAUUUUCCGAGCUGUCAGGAAAUGACAUAUUCAAGGGCGAUGUUCCUCCGUCCUCUGCUGAGAAACCACUGAGUGUGGCAAAAUUGCGGGAGAUGAGUGGUAGCAACAUCUUUGCCGACGGGAAGGCAGAGGCUCGAGAAUAUUUGGGUGGCGUACGCAAACCCCCUGGCGGCGAGAGCAGCAUUGCUUUGGUAUAACUUGCUAGGCGGUCUAACUUGGUUAUUUUUAUCACAUGGUGUCUGGUUUUGUUCUUCUUCUCUUCUAGUGGUGGAGGAUUGUUAUUAUAUAAUUUGACCUUUUUAUUGCGGGUUUUUCUUGGAGUCAUGUUUUAGGGUAUAAUGGGGUCUGCUCAUAGCUAUGGACUAUCUCUGCUAAUUGGGUUGUGUAUGUCCAUAUUUAUGUGUUCUGUCAGUGCUUGUCUUGAUGAAGUGCUUGGGCUGUUUCCCUGGGUUUAAUUUAAACUAUCAUUUGUUCA